AAAUUCGCCACACAAAAUCCGACCUUCUCAUCAUGGAGAGCGAAAUUCUACGUAACAUCGAGCGCUUCCUGCCGAGCGGCGAGGAGAUCUGCGUUCGCAAGGCAGUACAAGUCGAAGGCAAGGGCGAACGACUAGAGCCUCGUUUUCUGGUUGUUUCAACACGUCGGUUAUUUAUUUUGUUGACAUCGAAAGGCGUUCCCAGAGUUGAAGCGGCACUUCACUUCUUGAGUAUACUUGCCAUUGAAAGUGCAAAGCCCGAACUGUUGAUAUUGGUUUCGAACACUGGCCGUACUGUUUAUCACGUCAAGAAAGGUGACGGCGAUGAGAUUAUUGCCAAUAUUGUUACAGCGUUGAGAUCGAAUUUGCUAGCAACUCCAUUUCAGCAAUUGAUCAGACUGAACAUUGAACCCACCACUCGGCUAGUCAGAAUCAAAGAACUGGUAGGCAAAGUUACCGAAUCAGUUAGUGACGAAAACUGUCCUUGCAGUGGAUUCAAUGUUGCAUACGAGUUUGUUUGUGAUUAUUAUCGCGUGGAACACGAAGAGGAGAUCGAAUGGGAGAUCAACAGUAUUUAUCAUUCACACGGAAUACAAGAGUUAAAUCUGCAAGACUUUGAUCAUUUGGAUUCGAGGGAUCUUGUUCCUGUUAUUGGUGCUUUGGCAUACAACAAGUGGUUUACUGGCUUUACGUUUCAAGAAAACAAACUGACUUCUGAGGGUGUUGAUGCACUUGCAAGAGCUUUACAGCUUUCGAUGACGUUGGAGCAGCUAAAGCUUGUAAAUUCAGGAUUGAACAAGGAUUCUAUUCACAAGCUGACGAAAGCGAUUGAGAGUAACUCUGAGACAGACUUGAAGAGUUUAGAUCUUUCUAACAACUCUCUGGACGAUAGAGGAAUCACUUCCCUGUCUGCUGCUGUGGCAACACUUCCUCACGGCCUUUCACAACUAAGACUCUCAAAAGUUCAGCUCACUUCAAAGGGUGUCGGUCCCCUGGCUUCAGCUUUGAAUAGAAAUACUCACACAUCUGAGAGUCUUAAAGUCCUCGUGUUGUCAGACAACCAUCUGAAGCCUGAGGGUGUGCAGGCUUUGAUGGAGUUUCUCGUGAAGCCAAACUUCAUUCAGCAUCUUGACUUGUCAAGGACUGAUUGUGUUUUAGAACAUCUGUUUAAUGGAUUACUGAGAGGCUGUUGUCAAAGUCUUCAACAUCUAGGUCUCUCACACAACUUGUACACGAUGAGGAAAGGCAAAGAAGGCCCAGGAGACACAAGCAAUACCGAACUGUUCUUUUCGAAAGCACAACAAUUGAAAGUCAUCAAGUUGUCGAAUUGUCGCCUACCGGUUGAUGCUCUAAAAGCCGUCAUGAAGGGUCUGAGUGCCAACAAGAGUGUCACAAGCGUCGAGUUGGACAUCAGUAACAACGAACUCGUUGCUGCUGCUCUCGCCGAUGGCCUACAGAGUAUACAUUGUCUCGAAUCGCUCAACAUCAGCAACAGCGGAUUGGAUGAAGACAUAACACAAGUAUGUCAGUCGUUGAUGCGUUGCCCGUCUUCACUAAAACGACUUGCAAUUGGUGAAAACUUCAAUGCCAAACGUGGUAACAGCGCAGGCAUGGACGCCGUUGGUAAACUAAUAUCAACUGAAAACUCGAAACUCGAAUCGUUGUCAUUGGCAAACUCAAAGUUGAGAGCUGCUGCAGGAAUCUUUCUGAAUGUAUUACCAACCAAUAAAUCAUUGACAGAACUUGAUAUCAGUGGGAACCUUCUUGGCGAUCGUGGCAUUCGUAUACUGUCAAAGGCAUUACAAAUCAACAACACGUUAAGGACUGUGUAUUGGGAUGGCAAUGGAACGAGUCCUGUUGGAUUUAGAGAUGUCGCUCAUGCAUUACGGAUAAAUCGAACGAUGCUGAACAUGCCUUUUCCAGUGCAUGAUGUUGCUGCUCACCUGAAGGAUAAACCAGAACAUGUUUUACAAGAGAUCCAGGAGAGUCUAAGCAGAAAUCACUCGGUUCAUCGAUUUGACGUUGACCAAGCAACACGGCAACAGAACCAGAUUAUGAUUAGCACCACACAACAGCAGGCUGUUGACAAAGUUGUUGUGGCUAUCCAAGACGUAGUGGUUGAUCUAGAGGCAUUUGGAGUUAACGGUAAUGAGACAGUGUUGCAGUCAAAGGAACUUGUAAAAGGCGCCAACAAGAUAUCUCAGCUGUUGUUGCGACUGCACUCACAUACGGUAGAGGAGAAACUUGCUGGUGACAUCGAGGGGCACAUGCAACACUUGGCAUCAGAACUCCAUCAGCAUUUGAAUGGAACAAGUCUAAAAGAAACAGCAGAGAAGAUACGAGAUAUUGCAGUUUCAACGUGUCCAACUCUCGUUCCCGAACAAAUGGAGGAUGAUAUGAGAGCGAUUUUGAAGGAACAGCAUUGUCUUGAUGUCCAGUUUCUUACUGAGUUACUUGUUCAAGGCGUUGGAGUUGACGUCACAACAAAAGUUUGCCAAGUCAGUUAUGAAUCUGCUGUUAAAGUAUCAGAGAUUCUUGUGGAACACACAACGAAAGAGCUUGAACUGCAGAGAAAGAAACUGGUACAAAUUCUUCAAGAAAAACAGGCGGCUAGAAAGGCAGCUAUGAGUGCAAGUGAUGAGCUUGACAAGCCAUCGAUUGAUCAAGCAGAUGGCCAAAUGAUGAGUCGAUUAUUGAAGCACACUCUGAAGAAGAAUAGACCAGGAUCCAUUCAACUUGAUAGUGCUGCUCUGGAACCCGAGGGGCCACCAUUGCAUCACUUGGUGAAAGACCGUCCAAAAGGACCAAGCAAAAGAGCACGACCAACACACCGACUUGUCGCUCGUCCAGCAGAGUCUGAAGAAGCAACGUCAUCAGAUAUCUUUGCUUUUGGAACAUUGUCUGAGGCUAAUGAGAGUGAUGCUAUUGCUAAUGAACUUCCAAAGGCUGCAAAGCCAAUUCAACCUCAGACGGCCCUGAAGCCUCCAAUCAUUGUUGAAAAGCAGCAGCCGCAGGUGAAGGAACAACAACUAGACAAAUCAAGGUCGCUGUCACCUAGUGUUGGAAAGGCAAAGACGGAAGAAAAGAAGGGUGGAUUUUUUAAGAAAGUGAAAUCUCCUUCAAGAGAGAAGAAAUCGACAUCACCAAAGGAGAAAACUCCAGACCCAUCAAUUGAAGAAGAGAAUCUCCAGUUAGUUAAAGAUAAAUCUCAGAAUCAGACAUCACCCAGGUCAGAAAGAAGAGCAACUACUAUAGCUGCUGUGGGUCCAGGGACAGCAUUUGGAACUCAGCUGGCUGCUGAAUUGAAGCAAAAGGGGGUAGUUCAGAAGGAAGAUUCAGAAACGUCGCUUCCAGUUUCAGGCAAAGAUAAUGAGGAGAAACAAAAGCCAAAACCUAAACCACGCUCAGGAAGAAGUCCAACGAUACCUCAACAAAUGCUGAAUGAAAUGAAGGGUCGACAAGAAUCUAAGAAGCCUUCAACUUUGGCAAAGCCAACUCCAGCGGUUAAACCUAAACCUGUUUCACCUAAAUUAGGCAGAGCUAUGAAACCGAAAGCAACAGAAACACCUGAAACUAAUAUACCAUCUGAAGAGGUGGGUGAAGUCAUUGGUGAUGUGGUGCCUACAAAAGAUGAACCUUCAGAGGCAGUCAUUGUGACCCAACUUGGAGAAGUAGAAGUAGUUGUGGAUGGUACUGAAGUUGAAAAGAAAGAAGUUGUUGCUCAAAGUGAUGCGUCUACUGACGAACAAAAGGAUCACACAGUGUCUCUACCAAGUGCCGAGACGGAUGUAGAGAAUCCAGAGAAAACAGUUGAACAAGCCACAGAGGGUAGUAAUGAAAAAUUCCAACCUAGUGCUUUAGAGAAAACGGAGGCACAAGAAACACCAUCAUCAGAGGAAAUGAUCAUUGAACUGCAAACUGACAAGCACACCACAGGUGAUACGCAUCCAGAAGAACAAGUUUCAGUGACAACUAAAACAGAAGUUGCUGUCAAUGACAACACACUAGGAAUGAGUCCACCAGAAGACAAACAAUCAGAAGAAUCUAAAGAUGACAGCACAGAGAUCACUGAUACGAUUGAAUCAUUGAAACUAAGCUCGAAUGAGCCAAUCACUGAAUCAGAGGAAGUACCAUCAUCUGGUGUUGAAGUAGAAAGUGGUGAAUCAGAGUCAACUAAAAUUUCUGAUGCACAACGAGAGAGCAAGUCUCCAGAUACCAAAGAGCAACAAAAGGAAGGGGACUCUACAGAUGUAGGUCAUUCAACUGAAUUGCAAGAUGGUAACACAGUUGAAAAUCGUGAUAAGUCUCCGGCUUCAAGCCAAACUAAAGAUACUGCCGAAGAACUGGUUGCAGCUUCUCAGCUUUUAGAGUCAGACAAGGUUGUAGCAGCUUCGGUUGAGACCAAGAACGAUGCAACUACUGAUCAGACGUCUGAUAAGGUCGACAGUGAAACUCCGACGGUUCUGGAGGUGUGAUAGGAAGUUAGUUUUAUAUCAGCAUGAUUAAUUUCAUUAAUCAUGUAGACGUUUUGAUUUUUAAUGUUACGGUUGCCAUUGCUGAAGGCCAUAUGUAGAUUUAGAUUUGAAGUGGCCGCAUCGGUGGUCUGAGAAACACAUUAGUAGGCAAGUUGUGGCUUCCUGUGAUUAAACUGCAGCUUUGCGGAAUGAAAUUCUUUGACUGCAUUUAAAGGAUUUUGAGUGUUGUUUCCAUGAUUAUAUUAACGAAUUGUUGUGAACUUUUAUGCUUUACAUUGACGACUGUUUUGGCUUGUAUCUGUACUGUAUAUUCACAAUAAUUAUUGUUUGUCCAUGUG